CAAAGUUUCAGGACUCACUUUUCCUGAUGUUCCUGAGGGGGAUCACGACUUUUUCCGAAACAUAUAGUAAAAAUGCUAUAUCUCAUUAGUAAGAAGCUAGCGGCACGAACUUUUUUGGAAGGAUUCAUCAGAUCAUUAGAACCUACAUAAUCCCCAUACGGCCGACUCAAAAGCGAUGUGAUACUUGGGAAUGUUCCCUCGUAAGUAAACGAAAAAUAAAGCAUUCGAUUAAAGAUUACUAAUAAGCUCAUUUAAGUGGCAUACUAUAAAAAUGAUUAAAAUUUAUGAAUUAGUAGGAUAGAACGUAUAAAAUCAUGUGAAAAAAACGUGAAUCGUCGACAAAGGGUUUACUAUGACAUUGACUGUACUCACAUCUUCGAGCGUUGUAACAUUAUAACACCAACGCUAUGAAAACAUACCCUUUUUUUGUAAAGACAUAUUCCAGUAUUUACAUGAACAUUCAAGGCAAUAUAUAUACUAACUACACUGAGUCGAUUAGAAGUAGAGUUUGAAGGUUCUCUAGUACAGUUUUCAAAAUAUCAUGUGAGACUAAAAUCAUUAAGUAUUUAAACAAAACGAUAUUAUAACUAUAUAUUGUAAUCUUUAAUCUCAACAAUGAAAAAAUAAAAAUGAUGAUUUAAUGGUUGUGAUUCUCAACCAUAGAACUCUAGUGGUCAGUACAUUGAAAAUGCACAUUUCUAGUAGACCGAAGUGAUUUAUUGAUUUGCAUACGACUAAUAACCGGACUAAGUUUUGUCGUUUUAAACCAAACUAAAAUUAUAUAAAACUCAUUCGAUUCUAUAUAUACAAUCGAAUAAUCUAAUAGAAUGUGUUAAUUUGUUCGUUUAUCAAAUUUCAAAAUAGAAUUGAAAUUUAAAAAAAAGAAUAUUUUAGUUUUUUUUAAAAUAAAAUCUUUUCUAUAUUUAGGAGUUCGAUGACGAACAUGAUGAUACUAAAGCAAAUGUAUCAACUAAUAUAAAAUCAUCAAAUCAGUCAAAAUCUCUUCAUUUUCCACCAUCAUCAUUAUCAUCAUCAUCAUCAUCAUCCAGUAGUAAUUCUUCAUCAAUUAUUCCAACAUCAAAAAUAAAUUCAACUAAUAAUGGUCAGUGCAAUGAUAAUAAUAAUAAUAAUAAUGAUGAUGAUGAUGAUGAUGAUGAAAUUGGUUUAAUAAAAACUUCAUCACCAAAAUUUCAACAACAAAAUAUAAAUGAAUUUUUACAUCGUUUACAAACAAAUCCUAUGAAUACAUUAUCCGGUUCAAAUGGUUUAAUACCAACAGGUAAUACAAUGAAUUUAAUUGAAGAAUCAAAUCCAAAUGUAUAUCAAUUACGUCUUGCUCAUAUGAUGGCAUCUGCUGCUUCUAUGAAUUCAACAAAUACAGGUCAACAUCGAAAUGAUAAUAAUUCUAAUACUGAUACAAUGAUGAAUGCAUUAGCUAAUAUACAAAGAAAUUUGCUUAUACAACUCUUCAAUGAUCCAAUGGCAGCUGCUCAAGCUGCUGCUGCCGCUGCCGCUGCCGCUGCUGCUGCUUCAGCUACACAAAUGAAAACUAAUCUAACAUCAAUACCAUUAAUGACAUCCAAUAAUAAACAAAUUGGAAGUUGUAGAAAACGAAAAUCAACACCUGAAAAACGUAUUCAAACAAAUCAUCGAUCAUCGAAUAAUAAUAAUAAUGAUGAUACAUCUCCAACAAUUGAACAUGAAUCACUUGAUAAUAAUAAUACUAAUACUGAUGAUAUUAUUGAUCAUCCAUUAGAAUUAACAUUUAAAAAUAUUCAACAAUCAAAUACAAAUUUAUCAUCACCAAUUAAAUCAACAACAGAUAUUCAUAAUAUUGUGACAAAUUCUAAAAUUGAAAAUGGUAGUCCAACUUAUCAUCCAAAUUAUUUAAAUCAACAUCAAACAAUUGAUGAAAAUCAUAAAGAGAGUACGACACCGAAUGAUUCGUCGUUAUCUCUUUCACCAUCAUUAAUACGUCGUACAACAUAUUCAAAACGUCAAAAAUUUUCAACAAAUAAUCAAUAUGAUUAUUCAAAUAAUUUAAAAAUAAAUUUAUCUCAAACAUCAACAAUUGAUUUACUUUCACCAAAUCAUCAAACAACAUUUAAUGAUGAUAAUAAUUUAAUUCAUCAACAAAAACAACAACGUAAAUUAGAUCCACGUAAAUGUUCAGAAUGUAAUAAAGUUUUAUUCAGUGAUAAAACACUUUUACUUCAUCGUCAAACACAUUCAAAUAAUGAUAAACAAUGUUGGAUAUGUGGAAUUAAUGAUGAUGAUAUUAAAAAACAUAUUAUUAAUGAACAUGGAAAUCAAAAAUUUACUAAUACUGGUUUUAAAUGUCAACAUUGUGAAAAAGCUUUUCUUGUUUAUGCUGAUCUUGAGACACAUAUUCGAGAUCAUAGCAAGAAAAAACCAUUCGAAUGUCCAAUAUGUAAUAAACGUUUUGGUCAACAAGGAAAUUUAAGUUGUCAUCUACGAAUUCAUAGCGGCGUUAAACCAUUUACUUGUACAAGUUGUGGUAAAGCAUUUCGUCAUUCAAAUAGUUUAAGACGUCAUGCACGUACAGUUCAUUCAGCAACUCGUAGUUUAACAAUGAGUCCAGGAGCAAUAUCUACAGUAACAGCAUCAUCAUCAUCACUUCGUCUUGCUACAGCAACAACAAGUAAUUCAAUGGUAUCAAUGGCAAAUGAUAUGCAUCAUUUAAGUACAAGUGAAACAUUUGAUGAUGGUACUUCAGGUUUAAUGAUUCCAUCGGAUGAAGCUGAAUCAUUACAAGGUCCACCAUCAACAUCAACAACUGGUGUACCAUCACCUUCAGUAUCUAAUGCACAAGUAGAUAGUGAUUCACAUGAACAAUAUGGAACAGGUUGA